AUCAUCCUCACCCUUUAGUAACUCUUGUUUUUAAUGCUAUGAGUAUUUUGUCAAGAUGAUGUCUGUCACCUUCAUCCUCAUCCUCACUCUUUUCACUUCCCAAGCAGUGGCUGAUUGUGCAAUACAAAAAGUAGACAAAUGCCACAACAAGGAAAAAGCUCUGCCUCUCAAAAUCAUAGCUAUCUUCGCUAUCUUUGUUGCUAGCAUCCUUGGUGUGUGCCUGCCCUUGGCGACGCAUUCAAUCCCUGCUCUUGGCCCUGAAAGCAAUUUCUUCAUAAUCGUCAAGAGUUUCACAGCUGGAAUUAUUCUCGGGACCGGGUUCCUUCAUGUUCUUCCUGAAGCAUAUGACCAGCUCUGGUCUGAAUGCUUGCCAGAGAAACCAUGGCAUGAGUAUCCAUUUCCUGGGCUCGUGGCUAUGUUUUCUGCAAUAAUUACCAUGAUGGUGGAUUCUUUGGCUACUAGCUUUUGUUUCAAAAAGCAUAGAAGACCUGAAGAUAUUCCACAUCAGGACCAUCAUGAAGGUGGAGAUCAAGAGAUGGGUAGUGUUGUUAAUUUUGGGCAUCCCCGUCAUCGACCCCAUCAAGAGAUCAAUGCAUCAAACAAGGAGUCCCAACUUAUGCAUUUUCGUGUAGUCGCCUCGGUUUUAGAACUUGGAAUUGUUGUUCAUGCAGUGGUGGUAGGACUUUCCAUGGGAGCCUCAGACAAUACAUGCACAAUAAAAAGUCUCGUGGCCGCCAUGUGCUUCCAUCAACUGUUUGAAGGCAUGGGGCUUGGUGGAUGCAUUCUCCGGGCUGAGUACAGUAUGAUGAAGGUAGCAAUCUAUGUGUCCUUCUUCUCAGUGAUAACCCCACUUGGAAUUGCCGUAGGAAUGGCAAUAACCACAAUCUACAAUGAGAACAGUCGAGGUGCACUCAUUACUGUGGGAUUGCUUAAUUCAGCAUCUGCUGGUAUUUUAGUCUACAUGUCUUUGGUUGUCCUGCUUGCUACCGAUUUUAUGAGUCCAAGGUUGCAGGGGUGCAUUAGGCUUCAAUUAAAAUCUUACGUGGCAGUCUAUUUGGGUGCAGGUGCCAUGUCUCUCGUGGCAAAAUGGGCUGCCUAAUUUUCCCAUACCUACUUUUUUAAUGUUAAUUAAUGAACCUCUUCUAAGUUGGCACUGCCAAGCUUUGAUAAGGAGUUUACCAUGUGAAAUAGGAAGUUUGAUAGUGAUGUGAUUCGCGAUCAAGUUAAAAUGAUUUUCUCUAGAUUUGUUACUUUAUACAUCAAUGAAUUCGAAUUCAUGUUAAUGUGUUGUUAGCACUCACUCUAUUAAGAGAA